AUGGAUCUCGGAAUAUUGCACGGUAAAGAGCAAAAGUGGGAGAAAUCAUUGACAAAUCAUUUCAAAAGUCUCGGCAUCAAACAAAAAUUAUAUCCUGAUGGUAAUCAUUUAGAUAUUGCCAUUUCUUAUUUCAAUAUUGGUUCAGUUUACUAUUCGAUAGGCGACUAUGAUAAAGCAGUUGACUACUACAAAAAAUCAUUACAAAUUAAACGGAGAAUUCUGUCACGAAAUAAUGUGAAACUGGCCACGUCGUAUUUAGCUAUUGGCCUUUCGCACGAGAAAGCUGGAAGGUUUACUUUAGCUGUGAAUAAUUAUGAGAAAGCAGAGGCCAUUUAUCGAUUACACAAUCAUCCAGAUAUGACGAAAGUUCGAUAUCGUAUUCAAACAAUUAUUAAAAACUAA